CCGAAGAGAAUCAAAAGUGUGCCUAAGGCCUAAGCCAUCAACUUUAGUGGUCGUCUCAAAGAAAACCCCGUUCGUAUGUACGGGAAAAGGAAAAAGUUAAAAAAGCAAGGAGACAUAUUCAUACUCUUCCUUCACCCGAAACCCAAAGCUUCAAACCCCCAAUCUCUUUCUCUAUAUAAUCACAAUCGAAAUAAUCCCUUUACUUCUGCUUCAAAACAAAUCACCAUCUUCAUCUUUCUCUUCCCCGUGUCUUCAAAUUUUUUGAAACAAGAGUUGAGUUUUAUAUAUGGCAUUCAAGUGGUUGUUAAUGGCUGGGGUUUGAAGAAUUUGUGGAUCUCAUAACGACUUGUGCUGUAAUUAAGGCUGUUAAUUGGUUUUGAAAGUAGUUGAAAGCGAUUUUAAGUGGCUGAUAAUUUUUACUCAUUCAAGCUUCUUGACGUAUUUACAAUUCUGCCAUUCAAAUUUUAGCUACCUGUAUUUUACAAAGUCCAUUUGUUCUCAAUUCUAGGACCAGCCUCAUCUGCACCACAUCAAACUUUCCAAAGGAGCCUGCAGGCAAAGAAUGGCACAGUACAGUAAUGGUAGCUCAUCUGUUCAUCAAGGAGAAUCAAGCUGCCUCAGCCAUUCAGUAUCGGUUCCACCCCUGAUCAUCUCCUACAAUGAUCGCAUUCGUCCUCUCCUUGAUGCUGUUGACAAGCUUCGUCACCUCAUGAUCAUGAGAGAAGGCAUCCAACUGCCUACCAUAGUUGUUGUUGGUGAUCAGUCAUCCGGUAAGUCAAGUGUCCUCGAGUCGUUGGCUGGGAUCAGCCUACCUCGAGGUCAGGGCAUCUGCACCAGGGUCCCUCUGAUAAUGAGGCUCCAAAACCAUCCUGAUCCCGAACCCGAGCUUGUUUUGGAGUACAAUGGGAAAAAGAUCCACACCGACGAAUCCUUCAUUGCUGAAGACAUCUGUACAGCUACAGAGGAGAUUGCUGGCAGUGGCAAAGGAAUAUCGAAAGCGCCAUUGACUUUGAUUGUGAAGAAAAAUGGUGUUCCUGAUCUUACAAUGGUUGAUCUCCCUGGAAUUACAAGAGUGCCUGUUAAAGAUCAGCCUGAAGACAUUUAUGACCAAAUAAAAGAUAUAAUCAUGGAACAUAUCAAGCCAGAAGAGAGCAUCAUCUUGAAUGUCUUGUCUGCGACGGUUGAUUUUCCAACUUGUGAAUCGAUACGGAUGUCUCAAAGUGUCGACAAGACGGGAAUGAGAACGUUGGCAGUUGUGACUAAGUCUGACAAGGCACCAGAAGGCCUACACGAGAAGGUCACCACGGAUGAUGUCAGUAUCGGCCUUGGUUAUGUUUGCGUUAGGAACCGAAUUGGCAAUGAGACAUAUGAGGAAGCUCGGGUUGCAGAAGCCAAAUUGUUUUCAACUCAUCCUCUUCUCUCCAAAAUUGACAAAUCUGUUGUGGGCAUUCCAGUCUUGGCUCAGAAGUUGGUGCAAAUUCAAGCAGGUAGCAUAGCAAGAUGCAUGCCGGAAGUGAUCAAGCAAAUUAAUGAGAAGUUAGCUACAAAUAUUGCUGAGCUCAACAAGAUGCCGAAGAAACUAUCGACAGUUGCUGAGGCAAUGACAACAUUUAUGCAGAUCAUUGGACAAGCGAAAGAGUCCCUUCGAAAAAUUCUCCUUCGGGGAGAGUAUGAUGAGUUUCCCAAUGAUGAAAAGAUGCAUUCGACAGCCAGGAUGGUUGAAAUGAUCAAUCAGUUCUCUAAUGAGCUUCACAAGUGCAUCGGAACUGACGACACUGCCAACUUUCUAAUAGAAGAGAUCAAAGUCUUGGAGGAAUCCAGAGGCAUUGGACUUCCCAAUUUUCUCCCCCGAGCCGCCUUCCUCUCGAUUCUGCAGAGGAAAGUGAACUUAAUAUCAAAUUUACCUGUUGAGUUUGUGAUGAAAGUUUGGGAUUACAUUCAGGUCAUUGUCCUUGCCGUGUUGAUGCACCAUUCUGAACACUAUCCACAGCUCCAGCAGCCCAUCAGACGAGCAGGGAAAAGUGUCGUCGAAAGGAUGAAAGAUCGAUCGAUCAGUUGGAUAACAGAGGUUGUAGAAAUGGAGAAGCUCACCGACUACACCUGUGAUGCAGCAUACACAACAGAAUGGAACAAGCUCAUGACCCAGCAACAGACAUUCUUAAAUCAGGUGCUGGUAAGUGAUUACCGCCCAGCUACUGUGUUCCUCGAGGGGUUUGGAAAAAUCGAAGUUGGGAAUUUGUGGGAGCAUCCAGACGUUCUUCAGCAGGCUUUUGAUCUGAAGAUGAGGAUGACAGCAUACUGGAAGAUUGUAUUGAGGAGAAUGGUGGACAGCACGGCACUGUACUUGCAGUACGGUGUGCAGAAUCUGGUGAACAAGGAGAUCGAGAAGGAGACAAUCGGGGAGCUGAUGAGUCCGUCUGGGGGCGGGAUCGAGAGGUUGUUGGAGGAGUCACCAUCGUUGUCAGUGAAAAGGGAGAAGCUGAAGAAGAGUAUCAAGUUACUAAAGGAAUCCAAGGACAUUGUUGGGAGCAUUGUGGAUUCUGUUUCUGUCUCUUACAGUGAUCAGUGAAUGAAGUGAUUUCAUUUCAUGGUAGUUUCCAUUUUAAAUGCUUUGGAGUUUGUCUUUUAUAAUGUAGUUUUCACUUUCACUUGUGUUUUCUUCAAUGUACUUGUCCGGAGUAUCUAAUGAAAGCUAAGGAUGCUUAAAUCUAAAUCACAUAAUUUCAAUUAAUUAAGGUAUAUAUUAUCGAUUAGAACGUCAAA